AUGUCCAGCACUCAAGAACAGAUACCACCUCGUCGAAAAAGACAGCGCGCUGAAGCAGACCUGUCGCUUGACGAUCAGUCAGAAUCGCAGCUUCCAAAGCGGCUUAAGUCCAGCAUAAAGCUUCAUUCUGCGGAAUUCUACGAUUCACUCUCAAAGGUGUGGCUCACUCGCCGAGCGUUGAAGGAGCUCGAUCGACGAACAAGUCAAGCCAACAGUCCGCAACAGCGUGCUUCUACGCUUCGACCCAUAACACGGAAUACUUCGGACAAAAUACAGAGAUUUGCUAGAGACGGUGGUCCAGAGCUUUGCGAUCUUCGAGGGUAUCCUUCACCACGCUCAAUGGGCUCUAGCAACUCCCUCGAAAGCUGGCAGACCAAAUCCACAGCUCAGACUAGUAUAGGUACACUGAAGACCACAAGAUCUUCUGCUUAUGAUAGCGAUUUCGAACAGCAUCUGAGAGACCAUCACAUCCAUUUGAAUAACCGAAGGUCCAAACCAGGAAACUUAGGAGAGCUCCGUCAAAGACUAUUACAACCAAGACCAAUUCUUUCGCCAUCUCCCUUCUCUGACGAUGCCUAUGAGGAUUUUGAGCUGAAACACGAGGAUAUAACCGAAGAGGGGGAGAUAAUGCAGCACAUAGUUCCUAUAAUAUGUGGGAAUUCCAAUAUCCCAAAUAAGCAGAACCUGCUAUUUACACGGCUCUACCCGAUAGCUAAUGGGACCACGGUUGCUGGCAAACCCGACUUUUACGACGGAGCUCGACUUGACGACAUCAAUAAACAGGUCCAGAAAGACUUGGGGCAUUUCAUCAUCCCCACACGCCAUCCAGCCGCUCCGGUAGCACCCAACUUCUUCUUAGAGGUUAAAGCCCCAAGAGGAGCUGCAAAUGUGGCGAGACGGCAAGCUGGUUACAAUGGCGCUUUAGGCGCGAGGGCGAUGCAUCUGCUGCAGUCGUAUAAACAGGACCAGUCAGUCUACGACGGCGAUGCCUACACAAUUACUUCAACUUAUCACGCUGGGACUGGCACGCUGCAGAUAUACAUCACUCAUGCUACCAAGUUGGAUGAUGGCAAUACCGAAUAUCACAUGACUCAGGUCGAUUCCUGGGGCUUGACUGGCAGCCCUGAUAGUUUCCGACGCGGUGUUACGGCUCUCUGCAAUGCCAGAGAUUGGGCCCAGGAACAGCGCGAUCGGUUAAUAUUGGAUGCGAAUGAAAGAGUGAGGUCCAUGAACGCAGAGGCAGCUCCUUCCGAGUCAUCCCGUCGUAGAUCCCAUAGAACCGCAUCUGUCGCAAGCGGAAAUUACAACCGCCCGUCGGAAAUGGUGGAUGGGUACCACACUGAAGAGGCUGAGACGUUGUCUAAUGAACUCGGGGCCGACACGUCCUUGAAACCUAAAACCUCUAGCAAUGUUGCAAAGGUAUCGGACAAGUCCGUUUCUAAAGCUGCGCGCCAUAGUGGUGACGAAUCCCGGCAGAGGCGUUUCUCUCAGAGAUAA